CACUCUCUUUAAAGCCUCCUCAUUAUGUAAAUUACAUAAAUUUUCGUCACGGAGCAUAAAAGUCAAUCGAAUGACUCUCUGCUCCGAUAGAGAAUUGGAGAUUAGAGAUGACUCAACAUCCAUCAGUGAUCCUCGCGACGGCGAGCUAUGAUCGCACAAUUCGGUUCUGGGAAGCCCAAAGCGGUCGAUGUUAUCGUACCAUUCAAUACCCAGAUUCUCAAGUUAAUAAGCUGGAAAUAACCCCGGAUAAGCAGUACCUGGCUGCAGCUGGAAAUCCUCACAUUCGACUCUUUGAAGUUGAUUCAAACACCCCUCAACCUGUCGCGAGCUAUGAUUCGCAUACUAAUAAUGUCACAGCUGUUGGGUUUCAAUGCGAUGGAAAUUGGAUGUAUUCUGGUUCUGAAGAUGGGACAGUAAAAGUUUGGGAUUUGAGGGCUCCGGGUUGUCAAAUGGAAUAUGAAAGUCGUGCUGCGGUUAACACUGUUGUUCUUCAUCCUAAUCAGACAGAGCUAAUAUCUGGGGACCAAAAUGGAAAUAUACGCGUUUGGGAUUUGACGGCAAAUUCAUGCAGCUGUGAAUUGGUACCAGAAGUGGAUACAGCUGUGAGGUCUCUGACAGUUAUGUGGGAUGGAAGCUUGAUUGUUGCUGCAAAUAACAAGGGGACAUGCUAUGUUUGGCGUUUGCUGAGGGGAAACCAGAUGAUGUCCAACUUUGAACCACUUCAUAAACUACAAGCACACAAUGGUUACAUUUUGAAGUGCUUGCUGUCACCAGAGUUGUGCGAUCCCCAACGAUAUCUGGCAACUGCAUCAUCUGACCAUACAGUUAAAAUAUGGAAUGUUGAUGGCUUCACCUUAGAAAAAACUUUAACUGGACAUCAACGGUGGGUUUGGGAUUGUGUCUUCUCUGUUGACGGUGCAUUCCUAAUCACAGCUUCCUCCGAUGCAACAGCUAGGCUUUGGUCAAUGGCAGAUGGGGAAGCCAUGAGAGUGUACCAAGGGCACCACAAGGCAACGGUGUGCUGCGCCCUUCACGAUGGAGCUGAACCUUCACCUUCUUGAAUGCAGCAUUCAGUAAUUUUCUUUUUUUUGUACAGAAUUGUAAGCAUUGUGGAGACAUUAUUUUAUUGCCUUGUAUUAUUAUCAUAUAAAUAUAGGGGUUGUUUGGUUUAGUUUUAAGAACUUUGAAGGAGAUACAAGUUUUCUAAGAACUAAGAAAAGACUGUUUUCUGAAUUUGAGAACUUGUGAUUUUAUUAUCCACUUAUGUGACAAUUAUUGAUAUAAAUAUCUUAAAUUAA